AUGACAAUUGAAUCGCCCCUGAAUACCAGACCAGCACAUCUCCAACAAGUAGCCCCCCUUCCAAUGAACGAAUUGGUCCCUGAGGAGUCGGCUGAUGCUCCCAAGAAGCAACCUAAACUAGUCAAAUCGAUCAUCUCGUUCCUACUCAAAGCACAGAAGUAUUCCGCAUAUGGGUUUCUUGCAUUCUUUGGGCUCCAUGCAUCGUCUGUAGUCGUAGCUCCAGCUUUGGGUAUAAGUUCUACAGGUAUUCAAGACUACUUUGAGAUGACUCGUGCAGUGUACUUAUCACCACUCUUUGAGUAUCCAGUUGUUCAUGGAUGUGCUUUGGCACAUGUGUUCAGUGGUGUUAGCAUAAGAAUCCUCAGGCUCUUAUCAUCGCAAAGGACCAAGAGGGCUACGGCCGAAAGAGACAUUGUCAUUCAAGACGUACAGCGAGAGGAUAUUGGCUUGGGCGGAAUUGGGUCCAUAUUUGGGUUUGGUUUCAAGAAGUCAUGGAUCUCUUCAACUAUUCCAUCCCUCACGCCGCUCACAUUUUCUGGGUAUGUAUUGUCAGUGGGAUUGCUGUACCACAUGUGGAAGAUGAAGUGGAGACCUAUUAUAGUUGACGGAGACUCGUCAUUAGUCACUUUGAACUUCAUCACACAUUACCUCAGCCCCGAGAUCAAUGGCAAGGGUUGGGCUGCUUUCAAUUUGGCCAUGUUGGGCCUUUUACUGUGGGUAUCGUUCUACCACAUGGUGAGUGGUUUGUUCAAGUACAGAAGACAAGUCAGUUCCCGAGCAAAAAAAAUUGCGUACGGCAUCAUCACGGCUUUUACCACCAUGAGUUUCAUCAGCAUCGGCCGUUUCAUGCUGUGGCCGCUAGACGUCAGCUUCAUCGGCAAACAAUUCAACAAGUACCUUUUUUAA